AGGACGAUUACCUCAGAUGGGCAAACCAAAGUCAACACCAACCCCCAACACCCAUUGAUAACACUGUUGGAUGCUCGACAAAAAUAUCAACCCAAAGAAAAUGUGUUUUAUCUGCGAAAAAUGUUUCAUCAUCCUAGAUCUCAUUAAAUCAGAAAAAAUAUAUUGAUAGUUGAUAUUUUUCAGUCUAUUUCGAAAUUCAGCUAAAAUUCAUGAUGAUAUAUAUACUUUGAAUAUGGACUCUAUGGAUAUAUUCAUAAAGUUUUUGAAUAACAGUGACAUAACAAUAAUUUUCUAUUAUAAUAUAAAUUAUUAAUGGCAAACUAAUACAGAAAAUCAAUCUACGGUUGAUUCUUUGAAUAAUAUCAGGCAUGUUCCUCGAGAUUUCAAGAACAUAUCACAAAAAUGUUAGCAUAUCACAAGCAAAUAUCAAUUAUCAAUUAUCAAAAAAAUGAAAUCAAGAAUAUCAUCUUCUACAUAUUACUCUUUAGAUCAUAAUAUAGACUAAGGCCAAUUGAUCUACUUAAUGUGGGAGUAUGACCUGACAAUGUAUAGGCUGGAAACAUUGACAAUAUGUGCUGUACAAGACAAUAUUUAGUUUAUAAGAAUCGUACUUCCUCAAUGUAAAAUGACAAUAAGUGUUACCUGUUGGACAAUAAAGGAAAUUAUAUCCACAAAUGGCUUCUCU